AUCCCAGUAAACCCCGGAGCGGAAGUCGGGCUCCUUGGCAGGAAAUUGUCAGCAGUGUUUGUGUUGCUAGUGGGGACUGUUGUGUUGUGAAAAUGGCGACGCCUCGUCGCUCCUCACAGCAGCAGCAGCCAAACUCCCUGCUGUCGUCCCCGCCCCGCGGCUCCUCUCGCCCCGCCACACCGCCUGGCUCUCCGCCGGCAUCCAGCGACGAUGCCACACCGCCGCCCCGGGGAGGCCCGACGGACAGCAGGGUGGACGGCGAGGGAACCCCCGCCUCUCCCACCAUCACCACCUCCCCGGCUUUGGCCCUCACGGCCAGCAGCAGCAGCAGCACCAGCAGCGCUAGCUCCCCGACGACCACCGAGGGGAGCGGGACCAGCCCCGCCUCCACGCCCGACUCCGGCAGCGGGGACGCGGGCAGCAGCAGCAGCGGCAGCGGCGGCGGCCGCGGUGACGGUGGUGGCGCAAAUGGGGCGUUCAGGGAGCUGUUUGAAGCCUGUCGAAACGGGGAUGUUUCGAGGGUGAAGAAACUCGUGGAUGCGCUGAAUGUGAACGCUAAAGACAUGGCGGGGCGUAAAUCGACACCCCUGCAUUUCGCUGCAGGCUUCGGGCGGAGAGACGUGGUGGACCACCUGCUUCAGACGGGCGCCAAUGUGCACGCGCGGGAUGACGGCGGCCUGAUCCCGCUUCACAACGCCUGCUCGUUCGGACACUCCGAGGUGGUGUCCUUGCUGCUGUGUCAGGGGGCCGACGCCAACGCUCGGGACAACUGGAACUACACGCCGCUCCACGAAGCUGCCAUCAAGGGCAAGAUCGACGUCUGCAUAGUGUUACUGCAGCACGGAGCCGACCCCAACAUACGCAACACCGAUGGAAAGUCCGCCCUGGACCUCGCUGAACCCUCCGCCAAGGCCGUCCUCACAGGUGAAUACAAGAAGGAUGAGCUGCUGGAGGCGGCGAGGAGUGGAAACGAGGAGAAGCUAAUGGCUUUGCUCACGCCGCUCAACGUCAACUGCCACGCUAGCGACGGCCGCAAGUCCACUCCGCUUCACCUGGCAGCAGGAUACAACCGGGUGAGGAUAGUUCAGCUGCUACUGCAGCACGGAGCAGAUGUCCACGCCAAGGACAAGGGGGGUCUGGUGCCUCUACACAAUGCCUGCUCCUAUGGACAUUAUGAAGUCACUGAGCUGUUGCUGAAGCACGGGGCGUGUGUGAACGCCAUGGAUCUGUGGCAGUUCACGCCGCUGCACGAGGCGGCCUCUAAAAACCGGGUGGAGGUCUGCUCGCUGCUGCUGAGUCACGGGGCCGACCCGACCCUGCUCAACUGCCACAGCAAGAGCUCCGUGGACAUGGCGCCCACCCCCGAGCUCAAGGAGAGACUCGCAUAUGAGUUUAAGGGCCACUUGCUGCUUCAAGCCGCCCGAGAAGCUGACGUGACCAAGGCCAAGAAGACCCUGGCGAUGGAGAUCAUCAACUUCAAACACCCUCACACGCACGAGACGGCGCUGCAUUGUGCGGUGGCAUCGCCGCACCCCAAGAGGAAGCAGGUGACGGAGCUGCUGCUGAGGAAAGGCGCCAGCGUCAAUGAGAAGAAUAAAGACUUCAUGACUCCUCUCCAUGUGGCAGCAGAGCGGGCUCAUAAUGACAUCAUGGAGGUCCUGCAGAAACACGGUGCCAAGGUGAACGCCGUGGACACUCUGGGUCAGACGGCGCUGCACCGCGCGGCCAUGGCGGGCCACCUGCAGACCUGCAGGCUGUUGCUAGGAUACGGGGCGGACGCUUCGCUGUUGUCCCUGCAGGGCUUCACCGCUGCUCAGAUGGGAAAUGAGGCUGUUCAGCAAAUACUCAACGAGAACGUCCCGGUGAGGAACUCCGAUGUGGACUACAGACUUCUGGAAGCUGCUAAAGCCGGAGACCUGGACACUGUCAAGUCGCUGUGUACGGCUCAGAACGUGAACUGCAGAGACCUGGAGGGGAGGCACUCCACCCCCCUCCACUUCGCUGCCGGCUACAACCGAGUGACGGUGGUGGAGUACCUGCUGCACCACGGGGCCGACGUGCACGCCAAGGACAAAGGUGGCCUGGUUCCCCUCCACAAUGCCUGUUCGUACGGUCACUACGAGGUGGCCGAGCUGCUGGUCAGACACGGGGCCUCGGUCAACGUGGCCGACUUGUGGAAGUUCACGCCGCUCCACGAGGCCGCCGCCAAGGGCAAAUAUGAGAUCUGCAAGCUGCUGCUCAAGCACGGCGCAGACCCCACCAAGAAGAACCGGGACGGCAACACGCCGCUGGACCUGGUGAAGGACGGCGACACCGACAUCCAGGACCUGCUGAGAGGAGACGCCGCGCUGCUGGACGCCGCCAAAAAGGGCUGCUUGGCCCGGGUGCAGAAGUUAUGCAGCCCCGACAACAUCAACUGUCGGGACACGCAGGGACGCAACUCCACGCCUCUGCACCUUGCAGCUGGCUACAACAACUUGGAGGUGGCCGAGUAUCUGUUGGAACACGGAGCCGAUGUGAAUGCACAGGACAAAGGGGGGCUGAUCCCGCUACACAACGCUGCCUCGUACGGGCACGUGGACAUAGCCGCCCUGUUGAUCAAGUACAGCACGUGCGUGAACGCCACAGACAAGUGGGCGUUCACCCCCCUCCACGAGGCGGCGCAGAAGGGGCGGACUCAGCUCUGCGCUCUGCUGCUGGCCCACGGAGCCGAUCCCACCAUGAAGAACCAGGAAGGACAGACGCCGCUGGACCUGGCAACGGCUGAUGACAUCAGAGCAUUGUUGAUCGACGCCAUGCCGCCAGAUGCCCUGCCAAGCUGUUUGAAGCCCCAGGCCACUGUGGUGAGCGCGAGUGUGGCGUGUGCGGGGGCCACGGGGGGCGUGGUCAUCUCUCCGGCUCCAUCUCCGUCCUGUCUGUCUGCGGCCAGCAGCAUCGACAACCUGACCACGCCUCUCGGUGACCUCACCGUGGGAGGCGCCACUGGACCGGCGGACGGAGCGUCUGGGUCCGACAGGAAGGACGGAGAAAGUACAUACACUCUGCUGGACAUGACCAUCAACCAGUUCCUGAAAAGUCUCGGACUGGAACACCUUCGAGACAUCUUUCAGCGAGAGCAGAUUUCCCUGGAUGUGCUGGCAGACAUGGGUCACGAGGAGCUGAAGGAGAUCGGCAUCAACGCUUACGGUCACCGACACAAGCUCAUCAAGGGCAUCGAGAGGCUGCUGGGAGGCCAGCAAGGUGCGAACCCGUACCUGACGUUCCACUGCUCCAGCCAGGGCACCGUGCUCAUCGACCUGGCAACGGACGACAAGGAGUUCCAGUCUGUGGAGGAGGAACUCCAGAGCACCAUCAGAGAGCACCGCGACGGAGGCAACGCAGGGGGAGUCUUCAGCCGGUACAACAUCAUCAAGAUUCAGAAGGUGGUGAAUAAGAAGCUGCGUGAGCGAUAUUCACACCGACAAAAGGAAAUAGCAGACGAGAACCACAACCAUCACAACGAGCGAAUGCUCUUUCAUGGUUCUCCCUUCAUCAAUGCCAUCAUCCACAAGGGCUUCGACGAGCGGCACGCGUACAUCGGCGGCAUGUUCGGCGCUGGGAUCUAUUUUGCCGAGAACUCCUCCAAAAGCAACCAGUACGUGUACGGGAUCGGUGGAGGCACGGGCUGCCCCACCCACAAAGACCGCUCCUGCUACGUGUGCCACAGGCAGAUGCUGUUCUGCAGAGUGACGCUGGGCAAGUCGUUUCUUCAGUUCAGUGCGAUGAAAAUGGCCCACGCCCCCCCGGGACACCACUCCGUCAUAGGGCGACCCAGCGUGAACGGACUGGCGUAUGCAGAGUACGUUAUCUACAGAGGGGAGCAGGCUUACCCAGAAUACUUGAUCACGUACCAGAUUGUGAAGCCGGAGAGUGUGGCUACGCCUUCUGCCACCCCCGAGCAGAAGUCCUAAAAUGCAAUCACACCGACUUUCGAUGGACUAAUAAAAGUCUCCGAGAGGAGACUGGGAAUGAAUUGGAGGGCGUCUCAAACCUCAGAACCCCAAGUCAAAGUCUCUGGAGAUGAACUUGAGGCGGGCGAGGAGUUGACCAGGCAGUGGUCAGACGACCCUCAGAAAUGUGUCUUAUGAAGUGAAGAAGAGGAGAAGGAGGAGGAGGACAGAUUUCGGGGCGUGCUACAUGCUCGGCCCAAAGCAGUAAAAAUCAGAUUUGUUCAUUAGUUUGGGUCCAAUUUAGGUGGAGAAAAUGUAAACGUUUGAUGGUCCUGGAUGUGUUCAGGCCUCUUGGCUUGAUCCUUGACACAAUACAAAGCCCCCAUGUUGAACCCUGUGUAAUCCACACCUCAUCCGCGGCAGUGGGCUGACGCCGUGAAGCCACUUUCCGGGGCCGAGAGGACAGAAAUCCGGCGCCUUUUAUGUUGUCACCAACGAGGCGCACUCCCACAUCGCCACUGCAUUAAACAGAAGAAAUUAUGAACGCAGGGUGUGAGCAGACGGAAGUAGGAGAGAUUACAGCAGACAAAUACGCACAAGUCAACAAUCUGCUGCUGCAGCCGGUGCAGGCUCCAGACCCCCCCUCCGCCCCCCCCGGGUAGGAUGUCCAACACGUGAGGCUGAGUUGUUAUAAGCAGUGUAAAAACAGACACCAAAAGAAAAAACUGAAAAAGAUUCACCAAACAAACUGCUUUCUGAGCCUUAUAAAGGUGCUAAAUUCUAAAUAUUUUAUUGUAAUAUAGUGAAUGGUACUUGAACGGAGAAUGAAGUCUCUCUGGUGUUGUAAGCUGAGGUCCUUUUUGCUUCAUCUACUUGGACGUGUCCCUCCGGGGAGCUCAUUGUUCUGUUACAUAUCUCCUUUGGUGUGAGAAGUGACUUACUGACUGAAAAAGGUGCGCUUCUCAGAGUCAACUUAUCAAAUGGAAUUAAGCAUUUACAAACUAAACAUAAACGUAUUAUAUAACGUAACAUUCUGCUUUGUGGGUGGCAACCAUUCACACUUACAUCCGGACCACUUUUGUGUUUUACUGUGGAAAUACAUUUCCCUGUUUUCUGUUUACAAACAAACAAAAAAACCUAAUGCCUUCUCAGGCCUUUCCUCUACCGGUCACUGUUGAUGCCCCCUAGUGGUGCAAUAGAGGAACUGCUGGCUUGUAAUAUUGAUUUAGAGCAAAGGAAUAAACGGUACAUCAGGAAGCUGCUUAUCUAGGUCUUCAUCUCUACUCAGUGAUAUUUGUAUUUUCCUGGGGCUCAUUCCAUUUAGUUUUAUUUAAUUUGUAUACUUCUUUUAUUCUUAGGUCAUCGUCACACCCAACAAACAAAGCAAACGGGAAAGAUGACUCGGCUAGUGACUGUAUGGCUGGUCAGACUUCAAAAAGAUAUUUGUAUAUGUUGUACCUAAAUAUGCUACCAUAUUUCUAUUUGCAUUAAUCAUUUAUAGUGACACACUAACAUGAGAAGAGGCGCAAACUCCUCACACGCCGCUCUCUACGCUUGAACUGUUUCCGCUAGAAUGACCACGUUGUUUUCUGAUUAUUUUAAGCAAUGAGACCCUCAUGACUUCAGCUCCUUUCACGUCCGGGUCGAGUUAAGCAGUGCCGAGCUUUUUGAAAUUCCUAGAAACUGAACCAGAAAAGGAAAUGGCCUUAACUGAUUUAGCGAAUGGAGAGCUCGUACUAUGAAGGGUUUACCCAUAACAGAAAGCUGCUUCAGAUCCAGUGCAGAAACACAAAUGUUUAGACACCCGUGAGGGACGGGCCAUUUAAUUGUGACUAAGCCGCUCUGUUCUUUGAUCUUUCAUCCCGACCUCGUUAGCGGCACAGUGUCCGCCCGAUGAACCUGCCUCCGAUUUCUGAUGACUUUGCAAACACACACAGGACAUCCAUGUGUCCUCAGAGAAAGUUCACUGGUAGCUCGUAAACUGUUUUCAUAUCAGUUUUUCCCCUCAACAGUGAUUGAUAACGCAAAUUACAAAGGAAAUUGAAUGAAAGAAUAGAAAAAUAACUGGUGGGUUAAGUAGAAUUGAGAUAAACUAAUAGGCUUGAAAUGAAAUUGUGAACAGUUUUUAAAGUGGUGCAUCAGUGUAAAACACAGUAUUGGGCCUGAACCUAAAAACCUAAUACAAACCCAAUGACCCUCAAUUUAUUGUUUUUACUUUUGUAAACUUUUAUCAAGUUUUUACAUUCCAUAGAUUUGCUUGAUUUAUUAAACUGAUUAUAUCUUUAAACUCCGAAAAAUGUGUUUUAAAUUGAUAAUUAAGUCACAAUUUUUUAUAUUAAACAUCUCCUGUGACGUCCCAGAACCGAGUCAGCGCAGACUUGACGUUUCAGAUGAAGUGGCACAUGCAGACAUUGUUUUAAGUAACACUGUAAAUAAGCUAUUUUUAUGGAUUGUUGAGUUUAUUUCAUUUCUUUUUCUUCAUUUAUAAGUGAAAACUAUUUGUGUUUAAGCCGGUUGGUCUGUACUUCUCCGUCUCGAGGGCCAGUCAGCAAUCUUGUUGUAAGUUGUACAUUGCUGCUGACCAGUUAACAUGUGGAACAGAAAAAAAUAAAAAGUUAGUGGUUUUUGUCUAAUCCUUUAAAUUCAUA